AUGAAGGACACAUUCAAAGGCAAAGUUAUCACCGUCACCGGAGCCAGCUCAGGAAUUGGCUACGAGCUGGCAAAGCUACUAUAUACACGGGGCGCCUCUCUUGCGAUCAGUUCCAGGAACGGUCAAAAGCUACAAGGCCUGGUUCAGGUCCUCUCGCAAAUGCAACCUGCUCCGGGCCAAGAAUUCAUUGCGACGACGGUGGACGUCAGUCGGGCUGAGGAUGUCAAGGCUUGGGUGAGAGAGACUGUAUCGCAUUUUGGUCAGCUCAACGGCGCCGCCAACGUGGCUGGCAGCGGAGAAGGAGAGCAGUUUGCACCAUUGACAUCCAAGACGGAUGACGAGUUCGAUACCAUGGUUGAUAUCAAUUUGCGUGGCGUGUUUAACUGCAUGCGUGCACAGAUCCCCCACAUGGGAUCUGGCUCAAGCAUUGUCAAUGUCAGCUCUGGUGCAGCCAUUACCGGGAUCCCAGGGCUGGCUCUAUAUUCUGCUGCCAAAGCCGCGCUGAACAAUCUCUCAAAAACAGCCGCACGCGAAGUCGGGCACCUAGGAAUUAGGAUCAAUGUCCUCUCUCCUGGUUUCACCCUUUCCCCGCCCCUAUUGUGUCUGGGGCCAGAAUUCCUCAAGCCACAUACCGAGAAGACACCGUUACGGCGCGCUGGAGAACCGAUGGAGCUAGCAUCGUCGAUUGCAUACUUACUCAGCGAAGAGUCCAGCUUUCAGACGGGCUCCGUGGUCGUCGUUGAUGGCGGCUAUUUGUGUUAA